AUAUAUCACCCCAUAAGCCACUGCACCCUCUGCAACAUCUUUCUCCUUCUUCUUCUCAUAAUUCUUCUCUUUCUUCCAUUCUGAUUGCAACACCACUCCACACCUUCCAACAUGGGCGGUAUCAGCCUUGAGGAAAUCAAAAACGAAAACGUUGAUCUGGAACGAAUUCCGGUGGAGGAAGUGUUUGAGCAGCUGAAAUGUUCAAGAGCAGGUCUAACAUCGGAGGAAGGAGCCAGUCGGCUUCAAGUUUUUGGACCAAACAAAUUGGAAGAGAAAAAGGAAAGCAAAAUUUUGAAGUUUUUGGGUUUCAUGUGGAACCCCUUAUCAUGGGUUAUGGAAGCUGCUGCUAUAAUGGCCAUUGCUCUGGCCAAUGGUGGAGGAAGGCCGCCGGAUUGGCAAGAUUUCGUUGGUAUCAUUGCUCUCUUGUUCAUUAACUCCACCAUCAGUUUCAUCGAAGAAAACAAUGCUGGUAAUGCUGCUGCUGCACUCAUGGCUGGUUUAGCUCCCAAGACCAAGGUUCUCAGAGAUGGAAGAUGGACCGAACAAGAUGCUGCAAUUUUGGUCCCAGGAGACAUAGUCAGCAUCAAACUGGGAGAUAUUAUUCCUGCUGAUGCCCGUCUUCUGGAGGGUGAUGCUCUGAGUGUUGAUCAGUCUGCUUUGACAGGAGAGUCUCUCCCAGCGACAAAGCAUCCCUCUGAUGAAGUGUUUUCUGGAUCAACCGUGAAGAAGGGUGAGAUAGAAGCAGUGGUGAUUGCCACUGGGGUGCACACCUUUUUUGGCAAGGCUGCUCAUCUGGUUGACAGCACCAACCAAGUUGGUCACUUCCAGAAAGUCCUUACAGCAAUCGGUAACUUCUGCAUUUGUUCCAUUGCGGUUGGAAUAAUCAUUGAGCUCAUAGUCAUGUACCCAAUACAACACCGCAAGUACAGAGAUGGGAUUGACAAUCUGUUGGUUCUCUUGAUUGGAGGAAUUCCAAUUGCCAUGCCAACUGUUCUGUCUGUCACUAUGGCUAUUGGUUCUCACAGGCUUUCACAGCAAGGUGCAAUUACAAAACGUAUGACGGCUAUUGAGGAAAUGGCAGGAAUGGAUGUUCUCUGCAGUGACAAAACUGGGACUCUCACCCUAAAUAAGCUCAGUGUUGACAAGAAUCUGAUUGAGGUUUUUGCCAAGGGUAUUGAGAAGGAUUAUGUUAUCCUUCUUGCAGCCAGGGCUUCUAGGACUGAGAAUCAAGAUGCUAUAGAUGCUGCAAUUGUUGGGAUGCUUGCUGAUCCAAAGGAGGCACGAGCUGGUAUCAGGGAGGUCCACUUUCUUCCAUUCAAUCCUGUGGACAAGAGGACUGCUCUAACUUACAUUGAUUCUGAUGGAAAUUGGCACCGAUCUAGCAAAGGCGCUCCUGAGCAGAUAUUGAACCUCUGCAACUGCAAAGAGGAUGUCAGAAAGAGGGUUCAUGGAGUGAUUGACAAGUUUGCUGAGCGUGGACUCCGUUCGUUAGGUGUUGCUAAACAGGAGAUACCUGAGAAAAACAAGGAUAGUCCUGGUGCACCAUGGCAGUUUGUUGGUCUGCUACCACUUUUCGAUCCUCCAAGACACGACAGUGCGGAAACCAUUACAAGAGCUCUGAACCUUGGUGUGAAUGUUAAGAUGAUUACUGGUGAUCAGCUUGCCAUUGCGAAGGAAACUGGCAGAAGGCUUGGGAUGGGGACAAACAUGUACCCAUCUUCUUCAUUACUUGGCCAAAGCAAGGAUGCUUCUGUUUCAGCUCUUCCAGUUGAUGAAUUGAUUGAGAAAGCUGACGGAUUUGCUGGAGUAUUUCCUGAACACAAAUAUGAAAUCGUUAAGAGGUUGCAAGAGAGGAAGCAUAUAUGUGGAAUGACAGGUGAUGGUGUCAACGAUGCCCCUGCUUUAAAGAAAGCAGACAUUGGAAUUGCUGUUGCUGACGCCACAGAUGCUGCUAGAAGUGCUUCUGACAUUGUCCUCACUGAACCUGGUCUGAGUGUCAUUAUUAGUGCAGUGCUGACCAGCAGGGCAAUUUUCCAAAGGAUGAAGAAUUAUACUAUCUAUGCAGUGUCAAUCACCAUUCGUAUAGUGUUUGGUUUCAUGUUUAUUGCAUUGAUUUGGAAAUUUGAUUUUGCACCCUUCAUGGUGUUGAUUAUUGCAAUACUAAACGAUGGUACCAUCAUGACAAUUUCCAAGGAUCGAGUGAAACCAUCUCCACUGCCAGACAGCUGGAAGCUGAGGGAGAUAUUUGCCACUGGUGUUGUGCUAGGUAGUUACUUGGCACUAAUGACAGUGGUAUUUUUCUGGCUCAUCAAGGAUACCAAUUUCUUCUCGGACAAGUUUGGUGUGAGGUCUAUAAGAAAUAACCCCGGAGAAAUGAUGGCAGCCCUGUACCUACAAGUCAGUAUUAUAAGUCAAGCACUGAUUUUUGUCACAAGGUCCCGCAGCUGGUCUUAUGUCGAAAGACCUGGUCUUCUCCUACUGGGUGCUUUUAUGAUUGCACAGCUGGUGGCAACAUUUCUAGCAGUAUAUGCUAACUGGGGCUUUGCAAGAAUUGAGGGAAUGGGAUGGGGUUGGGCUGGUGUAAUCUGGCUCUACAGUUUAGUGACAUAUGUUCCACUUGAUAUACUUAAAUUCGCAAUCCGCUAUGUUCUGAGUGGGAAGGCUUGGGACAAUCUUUUGGAGAACAAGACUGCCUUCACUACAAAGAAAGACUAUGGAAAAGAAGAGAGAGAAGCACAAUGGGCAACUGCACAGAGAACUCUUCACGGUCUUCAGCCACCUGAAACAACCAACCUUUUCAAUGACAAGAACAGUUACAGAGAGCUUUCAGAGAUUGCUGAACAAGCUAAGAGACGUGCUGAGGUUGCUAGACUCAGGGAGCUUCAUACUCUGAAAGGACAUGUUGAGUCAGUGGUGAAGCUGAAAGGGCUUGACAUUGACACAAUCCAACAGCAUUACACAGUUUAAGAAGUUUGGACAAUCUUCAAGAAGUCACUCUGGUGCUGUCCAAGAGCAGAAACAACAAAUAUAAUGAAGACAAAAGUUAAUGUGUCUUUAUAUUUAGGAUGAAGGUCCUUUUGUGAAAAUUUGAAUGGUUACUGUUCCUUUUCAUCUGUGUCAGUAGCUAAAGGAGAUGAUAUGCUCUUUAGAUACCAAAUAACAUGGUAGAUAGGAUUUACUUACGUCUUAUUUUGAGAUCGUUAAAUGAUAUCAAGGUCACUGUUAAGCUCUAUAUUUGUUUUUUCUGAUGAACAAAACUCAAUAUAUUUCCGAUCUUAAUCAACGUAGCUCAAUAAUGAAUUCAA